AUGGCUCAGGUUGCGAAUCUGGCUCUCGAGGGCGAUCCCCGGCUCCAUGAGAAGGAGCGUGAAGCCCAGGAUACAUACGUUUCGGAACAGGUGUCCGCUGUCGGGCUUCGCCCACAGCAUCGCAAACUGCACGAUCGUACCGUGACGUUUGAAGAGUACCACUACUAUGCUCAACAAACCCGUGCUGAGGAGGACUUGCUCACUGAAAAGGAAACUGGAGUCCUGUCGAUCAUCUUCCCUUCCAAGAACGAUCAAGGUGUCCAACCGGAAACCAAGAAUGUGACGCGAGAUGCCUCGGCCAUGAACACCAGCAGCGUGGAGAACCGAAGGCUUAUCACCGACGAGGAGUGGAUCAACGCAUCUCGCGCCCUUCGCACUGCCAGCCGAGGCGCCAUCUUCUAUCUCAUCACAACUGAUAUCUUGGGUCCCUUUGGCUUGCCUUAUGCGUUCGCAUCUAUGGGUUGGGGCCCUGGCAUUGGCUUGUACACCGUCUUUGCCGGCCUUGCGGGCUAUUCCGGAUACCUGUUAUGGGAGACUUUCCUCGGGUUGGACUCUUACCAGUUCCCAAUUCGCAGUUACGGAGACAUCGGCUUUCGUUUGUACGGGCCCUGGUUGCAGCACCUGUUCAACAUCCUGCAAAGCAUUCAACUUGUGCUCAAUGUCGGUCUGAUCAUCAUUUCCAACGGGGAAGCCUUGUCCCAGGCCGCCCAGUUCAAGCUCUGCUUCAUUAUCUGCUGUGUUAUUUGGGCCCUCGUGGGAUUUGUCCUUGGUCAAGUCCGUACCUUGCAGAAGUUUGGAUGGCUGGCUAAUGCUGCGGUCUGGUUCAACUUGAUGUGCAUGUUCAUCACCAUGGGUGGUGCUGCCCACACCCCUCCCAACUACGCCGGUGCAUCCCAGGCAGCUGGACACAACAUCGGCAACGGCUCAUCCGUUGCGCAACUGCCGGACGGUUCUUAUCCACCUGUCAUGACCUCGGGCGGUAUCCCCGACCCUUCUGACUUCGUCGCUACUGUCAGUGGUGCCAUGCAAGCUGUGUUUGCCUACGGUGGUGCCAUGAUCUUCCCAGAGUUCAUGGCCGAGAUGAAGCGUCCUAAGGACUUCUUGACUGGCAUGUGGGCAGCUCAAACUUUUAUCUACCUCUGCUAUAUGUUCUACGGUCUGUUCAUGUACGGGUACCAGGGACAGUACUCCAUCAACCCGACAUAUCUUGGCAUCAGUAAAUACAGCAUCCAGACUGCUGGUAAUGUCUUCGCGAUGCUAAGUGGAGUCAUCGCGGCUGGUUUGUACGGCAAUAUCGGUCUCAAAGUCCUUUAUAACAACAUUUUAGUCGGACUGUUCGGCGCUCCUCCUCUAACCAACAACGCCGGAAAAUGGCUGUGGGCACUCCUGAUCCCGAUCUACUGGGGCAUCGCCUUUGUCUUGGGUGCCGGUAUCCCCAACUUCUCCGGUUUGACAUCUGUCGUUGCCGCCUUCUGUAUCCUACACUUCACCUACACAUUCCCGCCCUUGCUUGUCACUCUCUUCUGGAUCCACAGAGCGGCCUUGGGUGAUGGGGAAGGGUUUGACCCUGCGACUGGUAACACGGUGCGAUAUGACCGCGGGAUCAAGAGACUUGCUCGUGGAUUUGCUUCUCUGGGACGCAAAAGGAUGGCCCUCAGCAUUUUCAACAUUUUCUACUUCUUAGGCGCAUUGGCCCUAAGUGCUCUUGGCGCCUAUUCUGCUAUCACCAUCCUGAGUGCCUCUUUUGCGGAGAGUGUGACCAAUUCAUUUGUGUGCCAGAGCCCGUUGGAUGGUUAA